AUGUCUAAGUUUGUCCUGCAUGAAAUAUUUGCCCUACAUAACAUGUCUAAGUUUGUCCUGCAUGAAAUAUUUGCCCUGCAUGACAUGUCUAAGUUUGUCCUGCAUGAAAUAUUUGCCCUCCAUAACAUGUCUAAGUUUGUACUGCAUGAAAUAUUUGCCCUACAUAACAUGUCUAAGUUUGUCCUGCAUGAAAUAUUUGCCCUACAUGACAUGUCUAAGUUUGUCCUGCAUGAAAUAUUUGCCCUACAUGACAUGUCUAAGUUUGUCCUGCAUGAAAUAUUUGCCCGAAAUGACAUGUCUAAGUUUGUCCUGCAUGAAAUAUUUGCCCUACAUGACAUGUCUAAGUUUGUCCUGCAUGAAAUAUUCGCCCUACAUGGCAUGUCUAAGUUUGUCCUGCUUGAAAUAUUUGCCCUACAUGACAUGUCUAAGUUUGUCCUGCAUGAAAUAUUUGCCCUACAUGGCAUGUCUAAGUUUGUCCUGCAUGAAAUAUUUGCCCUCCAUAACAUGUCUAAGUUUUUUGUCCUGCAUGAAAUAUUUGCCCUACAUGACAUGUCUAAGUUUGUCCUGCAUGAAAUAUUUGCCCUACAUAACAUGUCUAAGUUUGUCCUGCAUGAAAUAUUUGCCCUACAUGACAUGUCUAAGUUUGUCCUGCAUGAAAUAUUUGCCCUACAUGACAUGUCUAAGUUUGUCCUGCAUGAAAUAUUUGCCCUACAUAACAUGUCUAAGUUUGUCCUGCAUGAAAUAUUUGCCCUACAUGACAUGUCUAAGUUUGUCCUGCAUGAAAUAUUUGCCCUACAUGACAUGUCUACGUAUGUCCUGCAUGAAAUAUCUGCCCUAGAACAUGUCUAA